GCAAUUGAUACUUGCUUCACGGCUCUUGUGUUAGAAUAACGUGAAUCAUUUAUGUCGCUAACUCUUCGUUAAUCUUUCAACAGUCUUCUAAGGCGGGUUCACGCCACUGCGCAUGUCUGCAAUGACCAUUGGGAAGGAUGCGCGCGCUCUCUUUGCAUGUUCCUCUCCUAUCGCUGUGGGCGCCACUCCUCCUACUUCCGGUAUCCAAAGCGAGGCGGACUGUGGAGGUCCUGUGUGGAGACUUUUCUACCAUCUCUCUAGCCAACGAUGUUUCAAAGAACGACAUGGACAGAGUCCACGUGCUACUGAGUCACCCGGGCAUGAACGGAGCCACCCUGGACCUUGUCAAGGGCCUUCAGUACCAAUUAACCGUUUCAAGCGGAGAAGUGGACAGAAUACGAGGCCUAGCUCUCAUCGUGACAUCAGACGGUGAGGCUCCUUCCCCCACCGACCUGCAGUCCCCUCCGUCCCCGCAGCAUCCGUGCGGCCUCGUUGUCACCUCUACGGCGCGGGCCUCUGUUGACGUCACACCGACCAGCAGCUGGCUCCUCUUCACAUCACCUGUUCCGGUUUCGCAGCACUCGCCGUCUUCAACAGAAGUCUUGCCAGGAGUCCUGUCGUCCAUUACGCCCACGUCUUCAGCAUUUGUACAGCCCUUCGCCUUCGCCCUCGUCUUCGCCCUCGUUCAAACUGUGCAGCCCUCCUGGCCAUCGUUAGGAAACACGUUAUCAACUGCUGUAGAAUCGAUUACACCUUAUAGCGACACGUCACUGUUAUUACCUGUCUCCUUGAAAUGGACUGCUGACGUCACGACGUCCUCUACCUGCAUUACAGUGACCAUUGUGAUCAUGAUAAACGAUUCAGCAUGGACCCAGACGACUAGAGAGCUCUGCAAGCCAACCGGAUGCAAAGAAUAUUUCACAGAAGAAUCUGGAUUGAUUGCUUCUCCUAAUUUCCCGUCCCAAUACCCGGAUGGUAGUCGAUGCACGUACAUCAUAUCGCCGUCCUCGUCACGAUUUAUUGAGCUGCAGUUUCAGUCCUUCCAGCUGGAACAGCCGUACUCCGGCAAGUGCAUGGACUGGCUCACCGUGUCUAAUUCAACCAGUCCCACAGAACGGCUGUGUGGAACGGCUGACGUCAACCAACUACGUCACAUGGACUACGUUACUACGGGCAACGUACUUAUCAUCCAGUUCGUAACCGACAGCAAGAUAUCUGGGAAUGGCUUCCAAGCUGUCUACGCCACAGACAUCGCCAAAAGUAAGACUUAA